GUGUCGAGCGCGAAAAAAGCCGCGACGGUGCAGCCGUUCAAUACGCGGCCAAUCUGCCAACCAGAAUCACAUGCACUCGUGUGACCGGCACGAGGAGGAACCCACGAAGAAGAGACUCCUGCGACAGAUAUUUCACAAGACGUCGUCGUCGAAAAAAGCCACGAUCUAGAAACUUUUGUCGAACGCUGAGACGAUCGGAGUCUUCCGUCGCGAUACUUGAACUUCCGACGUUUUAUUUCUUUCUUUCUUCGUCACUUUUCCUCUCACGUUAUAAGGGGUCUGGCUUGCAAUUGUCGUCGGACUCUUUUUGCAAAUUUCUAUUCCGUUUGCGUCCUCCCUAAUUUAUGAUCCGUAUCCGCAUAAACGCUCGCGCUUUUCGCGAACAAGUCCCGGAGGAUGGACCUCUUGGGAUGACUUGAGGAAAAACAGAGACAGAGAGGUACCGUUUGUCAUUGAUGCCGAUAUGGAAGAAAAACGGCGCGAGGAUUGUGCAAGAUUUUAGAGAGGAAUAUCCUUGUCAUUGAUCCAGACGAGAGAGUAGCUGAUACAAUUGCAAGUGUCAGUCACUUGGCUUUUUAACGAAGAGACUUACGGCUUUUCCCAACCAGAAAAUAGGGAAAUGCUCACCCUCAGUUUUAAAUAGAUUUGAAUUUCAACAUUGUCAUAAGAUUAUUGUCAAGACAUCUACGAUAGUAUUUAUGGAUUCGCUGAUGAUAGUUUGAAGAAAACUGAAACGUACGAAUAAUAUAGUACAGUACACCCAACUGCCCUUCGAGGCGUACGAUGGUCACUCGGAUGAAGCUCUGGUGGAAGAUCCUUCAUUCCGGCGACAAGAAUGGUAUCUUCGCGGGUUUGGCCGCGCACUCCGGCCAGAUCUCCGUGGGACUCUCCCAGGGAUACAGCGCGAUUCUGAUACCGAAACUCCUCGAGACAAACUUCGUGGACCAGUCACAGGCUUCGUGGAUCGCUUCCCUCGGUGUAAUCUCAAAUCCCCUCGGUGCCUUCGUCGCCGGAAUCUGCGCUGAAUGUUUCGGCCGCAAAUCCGCGAUCGCCCUAGCCGCGAUACCGCACACCGUUGGCUGGCUGCUGAUUGCGUUAUCAAGAAAUGUAUCGAUGCUGUAUGUCGGCAGAUUCAUCAGCGGUAUCGGCACUGGCAUGGCCAACGGGUAUUAUCUCUACGUCAGCGAGGCGGCAGCGCCAAAUCAAAGAGCGUGGCUCGCGAGCUGUGGACCAGUUCUAGUCUCCCUGGGCGUCUUGAUUGUGUAUACCUUAGGUACCAUCACGACGUGGCAAAAAGCGGCCGUUGUCAGCAUCGGACCCGCGAUUCUGUCACUCGCGUUGAUAUGGAUAAUACCGGAAACUCCCGCCUGGUUGGCUUCAAGGGGUCGAACGAACGAGGCCAAGGAGGCUCUUCUGUGGCUGCGAGGACCCGGAUUGAACGUCGACAGAGAGUAUCAAGAACUCUGCGAGACGAACGCGAAGCGGAAGGAAAAAAAAGAGAGCCUACUGCGGGCGUUACACAAGCCCAACGUGUGGAAACCGUUCGUGAUACUCUUCAUCUUUUUCGCGCUCCAGCAACUGUCCGGCAUCUACGUGAUCCUGUUUUAUGCUGUAAACGUGCUCAAGGAUAUCGGCAUAGAUAUGAAUGAGUACGCGGCUAGCGUCGGCAUGGGUGUCAUCAGGCUGUUCGCGUCAAUCCUCGGCGCUGGACUGGCCAACAGCUUCGGCAGGAAGAUCCUGGCCUUCUUCAGUGGUUUUGGAAUGGCUAUCGCCGCCAUGGGAGUCGCCCUUUGUUUCAGGUUCGAACUCCCAUCGUGGAUGCCACUACUUUGCAUCGGGAUCCACGUAGGCAUGUCCAUGAUAGGCUUCCUCACGUUACCGUGGGUCAUGACCUCGGAAUUGUACCCGUUGAGAUUUAGAGGCAGUCUUGGAGGUUUCACAACCAGCAUCGUGCAGAUAUUAACGUUCGUAACAAUCAAGACAUAUCCAGAUUUGAAGGCUAUUGUCGGUCUGGAGUUCACUAUGUGGAUAUUCGGUGUGGCUGGCGUGCUGGGCGUAAUCUUCGCUCUAACGAUACUGCCGGAAACGCGGGGACGCAGCCUCGACGAUAUCGAGAUGAAGUUCUCCAGCAGAUCGAAUGACGACAGUUCGAUAUAUGCCGGCAAGAUCUUCUCCAACGCGUGGUCCCAACCGAAGAACAUCAUCCUCCAGCGAUUCACGUCGAUCUCGGAAGAAAAGCAAUCAAAUAUCGCGGCGAACGCGUAUGUCUACGACAACUUCUGCCUGGAACUGUCUCCGGAGAAACUAGAGAAAGAUAUUGAAGUUUCCGAGAAGAAAUUGACUCGUGAUCAACGAAUCGUAAUCGCGCUUGAUCGCGUGCGCGUUUGAUACGAGAAAUCCAGAAGAACUUUUAUACUAAUUCCUAUAUGCAAUUUUAUAUAUUAUGUCUAGGAUAUUUAAAUUAUGUUUAGGAUAAUUAUUUAUUUAUUUUAUACAAUUGAUAAGCUGAGAGUUGAUCAGUCAUUAGUAUAAAUG